AUUGUGGAAAGAAAAGGUUUUAUUAAUAUAUAUAGAAUCAGUUGUUGGAUUUAGAAGAACUCUAAAGUCAACUAUCCAUGGCGGGUUUGUUUGAUAAGCAAGCAGAUGUAUAUGCGGAUGCUCGGCCUACUUACCCAAUUGAAUGGUAUUCAAAGUUGGCUGCUCUUACUUCUCACCACACCUUGGCCUGGGACGUUGCCACUGGAAGUGGCCAAGCUGCUAUCGAUGUAGCAAAGCACUACGAACAAGUAAUAGCAACAGAUGUGAGCGAGUCUCAGCUAGAGCGAGCAAAGCCCCACAGUCGAGUCCGAUACAUUCACACUCCACUGACCACAAACGACAACGAAAUAGUGUCGUUAAUUGGAGGCGGUUGUGAAAACUCAGUGGACUUGAUAACAGUGGCUCAGGCCAUCCACUGGUUCGAUCUACCGAGCUUCUACUCUCUGGUCAGUCGCCUUCUGCGCAAGCCAGGUGGAGUUAUUGCCGUAUGGGGCUACAACGACAUAGUUGUGAGCUCCUCAUUUGACGCUGUAUUGAAGAAAUUCCACGACACGACGCUGCCAUAUUGGGACAGUAACAUUAAGCACAUCUUCGAUGGGUACAAAACGAUGCCGUUUCCAUUUGAAGAGGUUGGGUUGGGACGUGAGGGUAAUCCAUUGGAUCUGGAUAUUCCUAAGGAGCUUUCGUUUGAUGGAGUUUUGAAGAUGUUGAAGUCUUGGUCUGCUGUGAUUACUGCUAAGAGUCUAGGCGUGGAUCUGCUAUGUGAAGAGGUUGUUGAGGAGCUUAAGAGUGCUUGGGGUGGCCCUAAUUUGGUCAGGUCUGUUUGUUACAAGGCUUUUAUGAUUGCUGGAAAGUUACCUUAAGUUAUAAGUAGUUACAAAGGAAAUUAAACUCCUUUCACUACCCAAUGUUCCACUGCUCAAAGGACUCUAAACUCAGAUGCCCACAAUCUUGCCAACUGCCAAGUCUUAUUUCUGCUUUGUUUUCUUUUUUCUGGUUUUAGCCUUUCAUCAUUGGACUUUGUUAUUACCGAAAAAGAAAAAAGAAAUAAAACAAAUUAUUACGGAA